AUGUCUCCACGCACAUCGCGCUCCUUGGUGACGCUGGGUGCAGGGCUGCUGCUGGUGAUGUUUGCCUGCAGCCACUCGUGCCACGCGCUAUGCCCCUCUAACGGGAACACCCAUACCAUCUACGUCACGUCUAACAUGGGCGAUAACAUUUGGUCCUUUGACACUCUCGGCAACUACCUCGGCCCGGUGCUCAACAAAGCCUCUUUCCCACCCGGCGUGCGGGUCGAAAAGCUGCGCUCCAUGCGCUUUGGUCCGGAGGGCCACCUCUACGUGUCCAGCGCUCGCGGUUCCUACAGCCGCGUCUUCGCCGUCAGCGGCAACGGCCUGCUGAACGGCACGAUGGAGGAAAACUGUACCCGCGACUACCUCUUCACCGUGAUCGAGCAGGACAAGGCGAACCCGUUUCUGGAUCACCCGUACGACAUCACCUUCCACCCAGCGACCGAGGACAUGUACGUGUCGAACCAAAACUCGGUGACCGUCACGCGGUACACGCGCGACCGGAAGGCGGACGUAACGCCGGAGGUCGGCGCCGGCGGAUCUCAGCACGCCUUCUAUCCGGCCUGGAAGCCGGCCAAAAACGUUGAGGCCGCCGUGGAGGCCAACGAGAAGACGAUCUCGGGGGAGGAGAUGGUGGUGGCGCCAAAGGACAUCCCAGACAGCUCCGGUCUCUUCGCCUCGUCGUGGAGCUCGUCCUACUCGAUGAGCUCCGUGCGUGGGCUCACCAUCUCGCCGCUGCUGCCGCGCGCGCUCGUCGAGGGUGGUGCCCCCUCCGGCAUCUUCGCUGUGACGAACGAGUCGACGAUGUACUACCUGCUCGUAUGUGACGUGUCGAGCAACACCGUGCACGUUUUCGACCCCGAGAGCGGCGAGCGCCUCUUUGGCUUAAACGUGCCGUCCCCGAUUCAAGUGAUGUUUCCGAGCCGCUACUACAUCGGUGACUCGUCGUCGCUGCCCGUCUCCGCUGCCGGCGUCCCCACGCAGCGCUUCGACGUGCCGUACAUUUACGUCACGAGUAAGGAGGACGGCAUGGCGUACAUGGUGCGCUUUUCCUCCCACCAGGGAAACGCAAACACCAACGGCAUGCAGGGCGGCGCCAUGGGCGAGGACUUCAUCCGGGCACAUCGCCUCUACACCAUCAACCACCCCACCCCUCUGCACGCGGCGAGCGGCAUCUACGAGAAUUCCGCCCGUGAUGUGCUGCUCAUCGCCGACCGCAACGGCCGCCGCAUCUCCUCCUACGCGUCCCCGUUUCUGACCGACUACACGAGCGGCUACGGCCCUUCUCCCUUCCUUGGCUUCUUUGUGAAGCAUCUGCCGGAUCAACCGGAGUUCAUCAUGUCGACGCUGCUUGAGCACCAGGAAAACAUCCCGUUUUGUUAUGAGCUAAACAAGGACGGAAAGUUCCGCUAUGCUGCGCUUUGCACAGCGGCGUGGAUCUGGUCCGUCGCACUCGCGCUCGUUCUCAUCCUGGUGCCGUCCUUCAUCGUGUACCACCAAAUCCAGCACUGUAUGUACGGGCAAAGGCUGCAGCAACGCCAGCGCUACGUGGAUGACGAUGCGAGUGGCCUGUAUGGGAGCGGCAGUAACUCGCCGCUACUCGGACGCCGGGCGCCCGACUACGGCUCUGCCUAG